AUGGCAUCUAAGGACGCCUACAAAUGCCCAGCGGGGCUCGUCGAUCGGCGCCCGCUGGACCAGCUCCCGCCACCGGCCAGCUCCAACAAGCCGCUGACACCUUUCAGCAUUGAGGACAUCCUCAACAAGCCGUCAGCGAGGACGAGCGGAGCAGCCCGCCACGGAGAGAAGCUGCCUAUUGCGGGGAACAAGCUGUCCUGCCGGCCGCUGCUCGCUCACAGCUCCCCACUGUGCGCGCUGGAGGAGCUGGCCAGCAAAACCUUCAAGGGCCUGGAGGUCAGCGUGGUGCAGGCGGCUGAGGGCCGCGACGGCCUGACGCUCUUCGGCCAGAGGAGCGCCCCAAAGAAGCGGCGGAAGUCCCGCACGGCGUUUACCAACCACCAGAUCUACGAGCUGGAGAAACGCUUCCUGUACCAGAAGUACCUGAGCCCAGCGGACCGGGACCAGAUCGCCCAGCAGCUCGGUCUGACCAACGCGCAGGUCAUCACCUGGUUUCAGAACCGGCGGGCGAAGCUCAAGCGGGACCUGGAGGAGAUGAAAGCUGAUGUGCAGUCCGCCUCGGUGUCCGGCACUGUGGCCCUGGAGAAACUCUCCAAUCUGGCCGAGCUAGAGAAGUGCAUUGACGGCGUAAACGGCGCCGGGACUCUUGACCCGGUCUCCAGGUUACGCCUUGCCGCCACCGGGAUCCUGGCCUCCAGAAGAGCGCCUCUCUCUCCCGCAGCGCCGCGUCCCGGCUGCUCAGAGGAUGAAGAUGAAGAAAUUGACGUGGAUGACUGAAGUGUGUCAGUGUCACAGUGAGAAGGGCAGAUAACGCGAUGUUUGCAGACAGAACCUUUGGCUUUAAGCGCGGCCGUGAGCAGGCCCGCGCUUCCCGCUGAGCAACAGGCGUGCAACGCGUUCCACGGAGACGUGCAUGUCCUCAUUAAACUCAUUCAGCUCACAAUCACUGAAACAUCCUUAUGCUUUACGUGAUUUCUUCAACGCGCUCAUGAAUACUUUUUUUUACAGGCUCGAGCCGACUCUUUUUAGCAUUUUGAUAAAUUAAUUGUUGUGAAAUUAUGAUCAUAAACAGAAAAUAUGUAGUAAACAGUUUGUAAUA